AUGGCUUCUUCCGAUAAGAUCUUUUCCCUCGAGGGAAAGGGCCUCAAGCUCGACACUGCUGAGGAUCUCGAGCCCCAUGUUGCCCCUCUUCGAUCUCAGGACGUCGAGGAAGUUCGCAUUUUGGGUAACACUUUGGGUGUUGGCGCCUGCAAGUCUCUUGGUGAGAUUCUUGCGACCAAGAAGAACCUCCGAGUCGCAAACUUCGCCGAUAUCUUCACCGGUCGACUCCUCAGCGAGAUUCCCGACGCUAUCUCCUCUCUUCUCACCUCAGUGCUCAACCUCCCCAAGCUUAACACAAUCAACCUGAACGACAAUGCCUUCGGUCUUAACGUGCAGGCGCCUCUCGUGGCCUUCCUCGCCGCCCACGUACCCCUCCAACACCUCUACCUUAACAACAAUGGUAUGGGUCCCCAUGCCGGUAUCCUCAUCGCCGAUGCGCUUUCAGAGCUCCACGCCAAGAAGGAGGCUGCACGAAAGGAAGGGAAGGAGGUUCCCGAUCUUGAGACUGUCAUCUGCGGCCGAAAUCGAUUGGAGAAUGGAAGUAUGACGGCAUGGGCAAAAGCUUACAGUCUCCACAACAAGAUCAAGGUGGUCAAGAUGGUCCAGAACGGUAUCCGACAAGAAGGUAUCUCACACCUUCUGACCGAAGGUCUCACCCACGCCUCGGAGCUCAAGGUCCUUGAUUUACAAGACAACACUUUCACCGUCACUGGCGCCAGGGCUCUGUCGAAGGUUGUUUCUAACUGGACUUCCCUCCAGGAGCUUGGUGUUGGUGACUCACUAUUGGGCGCCAAGGGUGGCGUCCUCGUUGCCAACGCUUUGGGCAAGGGCAAAAACACCAAGCUCGAGAUAUUGCGACUGCAGUUCAACGAAAUCACUGCCCCCGGUAUCAAGGCCUUUGCUACUGCGGCCAAGGACGGAAUGUCCGGUCUGAAGCGAAUCGAGAUCAACGGCAACAUUCUCACUGAAGACGACGAGUCAAUUCUCGCUCUCCAAGAGCUACUCGAAGAGCGCAAGGAGAAGCUCGCUGGCGAUAUUGUUAGCGAAGAUGAGUGGGGCGUUGACGAGCUGGAGGACCUUGAGGAGCCCGACAGCGACGCUGAGGAAGAGGAGGAAGAGGAGGAGGAUAUCGGGCCCGAGGACCGCGCCGAGAAGCUUAUCAAGGAGGCUGAGGAGGCCCAGGAGGAACCUGUCAUCGCCGUGAAGGACAAGGAGGUGGAUGAGCUAGCAAAGAAGCUCGAGAAGACUGAGAUUUAG